AUGUCUCAACAACAGAUGACGCUGCUCGAACGUGGUAUUGGCAUCUGGCCAACACAGCUACCCCGGUAUGUCGAAGUAGUAUUAAUGCUUGAAGAUGAAAUUGAAGAUAAUAUAGUUCAACAGAAGCAAAUUGAUGACCCUAGGCCCCCGAUGUUUGGCGAUUGGCAGGAGUUGAUACAUCCCUUGGGAGGUACGUAUUACUAUAACCACACAAAGAAAACAUAUACGUCCAUGAACCUGAGGACUUAUCAGGAUCUACAGAUGCUCAACAAUUUCAUUGAUGCAUCACGCGCUGCGGCCCAAGAAGACGGUUGGCUACUCGUUGUUCACCCGACGAUGUUUAUGGGAGAAAAGCGAUUCCAAUACUACUACGUUGUCCCCGAUCAGCGCAUCAUUGCCUGGUUAGAGGAACUAAAUGGAUACAUUCUUUUCCGAGAGGGUGUCAAUCCUAGCAAAUGGCCUCACAAGAGACUCGAACUUGAGGCACAAUAUUGGAGACACUUUGAAUUCUUUCCUCACAGUUGUCGAAUAGAAACGUCAGUAGUGAGACGCUUACGGAGAGAAAUCGGCUGUUAUCUUGGAGAAGCAAUAACCUUAAGUCAAUCGACAGCUGCCUCAAUGUUCUGGACACUCGACCAAAUGAAUCAAAUUGUCGCACAGCUGGCCAAUAUCGAAGGGCUUGUGGAAAAUGGCCUCUUAGAGGAAACUAGCAUCGUAUUCUGCUGCAGGAUAUUAUACAUACUACGUACGUACGACGUCGAUUUGUCCGCCAUCGCUAUUAAGCACGACGUAGGCCAUCAUCAAUACCUGAACCGCCACAACCAACCUGAAGCUCGCCUCAUCCGAUCCCAUGCGGUGAGAGAGAAGCGCAAAAAUAAUAAAAUUCUUUCUGCUGUGGGCAGCGCUGCAGUUACGAUUUUAUGUAUGCCGAUCACAAUCGAACGUAUCAGAAACACUUCAGUUGAUGGUAUUGUAAAUGGCAUAGAAGUCCGACGGUUUGUCGACGACUUUAGCAGUCAAGCUAGAAACCAGAUCACCCUGGCAGGUGCCUCGAUGGCCAUGGACAUUGCGAUUUUUACCAUUCCAGGUUUGGGCGCAUCGACGACUGCACAGACAUUGUGCUCGUGCUCUCUACUUGUAGGCGUCGGCUGCAUUUUUGCGGGCACGAUGGUGCAACGCUUUGGCGAGAGGAUGGGCUCUCUUGAAUUCGCGGGUUAUUACCUGCGAAAGAGGAGGAUGAUGCUGGUCGUAAUUACAAGCAUACCCACCUUUUUCUGUGUACUGAGUGUAAUAGGUGCCAUGCUUGGAUUUCUCGCAGGCAUCUUUGCCAACUUCAAACCCUCCACAUUCUUAGUAGUUUCGAACUUUGUUAUGCUCAGCGUCGUGGUGUGUCUCUUACUUGUACUGGCAAUUGCCAGUUAUGGUCCAGGCCUGGCUCGGAUGCGGCCACAAUGA